AUGCCCACGCACAACGUUGAUGCCAAGAGCUGGGGCUUUGAUACGCACGUGCUUCGGAUCAUUGUUGAUCAGUUCCGAAGUGUCCGUUUCGACGCCACCGAGCCAAAACCAGCUGCUGGUCCUGAUCAAUCAGUCAGUGAGUCAGCCCUCAGCGAGCCCAUGUCCGUGCAUCAUCAGUUUGAGGCUCUCAUUCUCCACGAACAGCGUACCAAGGAAAAACAGACUGGCUGA